UGUUUUUGGCGUGUUGGCUCUGUUUUUUGACAUGAGAGAUGAAUCAGCAUUUGAUCUUUUGACUGUUAAUGAAACAGCUGUGGAAACACCUAUAGAUGAUAAUGCAGAGAAAAGCAUAAACUCUACGACGAACCUUGGUCUGGAAGCAACUUUCAUAAACCAAAAUUUCUCACAGCAAGUCUUAAAACGCUCAGAGGAAAAGGAGAAGUUUGAUAAACCAAAUCCUUUCAUUGCUGAAGAUAAUGAAGAAGAAGAAAAGGUGGCAUCCGUUGGUUACAGAUCCAUAUCUUCAUCAGAACUGCUUUCAUUUCUGUCAUACGAUUCAUGUUUAGACGUUGAUUCAACAUUUUGCAUUCUAUAAAGAAACAACAGUAUUUGCUCUCAUGUUCAUACCA